CUGCUGGGAAAAGCCAGGAGGCUGCUUCUCUUUCUGCAGCUGCACGGCCCAUCCUCGGGAUUUCAGGGAUGAGCUUCCUGGGCCAGGAGAUUCCUUCCCAGCUCCCCUCUGCAGGGGCCGAGCAAGGAGCUGCAGGUCUCCCCUCUCCAGGGGCCCCAGCAGGAUGUAAGGGGCCCAGGUGGGCCUGCCUCCGGCUCCAGCUCCUCUCAGGGAAACUCACCGAUGCUACGGACACUUCCGCGCCAGGGACUCCAGGACUGCCCCUUCCGAAACCUGCAGCGGUCCCAGGCCGCUAGGGGAGGAGCCGUGGGUGCCGGCGAUGCAAGGCCAUGAGAAGCUCGUGAACGGCGCACAUGCAGCCGGCGAGGGGAUGCCGAGAGAACCCCAGGAGCAGAAGCCCCUGCAGGAAGCCGCUGAGGUGGCAGAGCCUCCUGUGACUUUGCCCUCUGGGCCCCAGAGCCCCGAGACUCGGCAGAGGAACCCGCUGGCGCGGAGCCAGGGUAAAUCUGCUCCGGUGGGCGAUGGCCUUGCCCGCCAGGAGAGACCAAACACAUGCUGGGACUGCGGGAAGAGCUUCAGCAAGAGCUCGUCUCUGACGAUCCACCAGAGAACCCACACAGGGGAGCGGCCCUACGCCUGCCCUGAGUGCGGGAAACGCUUCGCCCAGAGCUCCACCUCCCUGCGGCACCAGCGGAAGCACUCGGGGGAGCGGCCCUACGACUGCGCCCAGUGCGGGAAGAGCUUCCGGGUGAGCUCCCACCUGGCCCGGCACCAGCGGAUCCACACGGGGGAGCGGCCGUACUCCUGUGCCGCAUGUGGGCGGAGCUUCAGCGUGAGUUCCCACCUGGCACAGCACCAGCGGACCCACACCGGGGAGCGGCCUUACCACUGCGCCUGCGGCAAGAGUUUCAGCCUGAGCUCCCACCUGGUGCAGCACUGGACCAUCCACACGGGCGAGCGGCCCUACCAGUGCGCCCAGUGUGGGCGCAGCUUCUCCAUGAGCUCUGCCCUCAUCCGGCACCAGAGGCUCCACGAGGCGGGCACGCCCUGCCAGUGCACCCCGUGUGGAAAAAGCUUCGGCCGUGGCUCAGAGCUGAGUGAGCACCAGAAGAUCCACACGGGGGAGCGGCAGCACGAGUGCGCCCAGUGUGGGCGGAGCUUCGGCGUACGGUCCAAUCUCCUCCAGCAUCAGCGGACCCACGCGGGCGAGAGGCCCUACACCUGUGCCCACUGUGGGCGGAGCUUCAGUCGGAGCUCAAACCUUAUUACACACCAGAGGAUCCACACAGGCUAGGUGCCCCGCAAAUGGGAAAACCAUGGGCCAAGAG